GUUAGGCUUUGUAAAUCGUUUGGUGUGGUUCGUACAAGUUGCAGGGGUGAAAAAUCAUUGUUAUUUUAAUGAAAAUAAUGGACGCAGGCGAAACCGAUGAUGUUCAAACGGAUAGGAGCUCAACAUCUUCGACCGAAUUAACUGGGCAAACUUUCCGAUCGAACAAUGACCAUGACAUCAACAGUCAUACGAAUUCUGGUAAUGGUUUGUCGAACAACCAUCACGAUUCUUUGUCCGACGAAGAACUGUCCGACUUUUCGAUGAACUACAGUGAUGACGAAGAUAACAAAACUGGUUCCGGACUGAAUGUUCCUUCAAGAUUGUUUCCAUCCAACAACGCGUCUAUCAGUCCAAAUGGAAACUACACUACGAACCGCAGUGGACAAGUGGUGAGGAAGAUUUUUACGAACUCGAGAGAAAGAUGGAGGCAACAAAAUGUGUCUGGGGCAUUUGCCGAACUACGGAAACUCGUUCCGACACAUCCGCCAGACAAAAAGUUAUCGAAAAAUGAAAUUCUACGAAUGGCCAUAAAAUACAUAUCCUUGCUGACGAAUGUUUUGGAAUGGCAGAAUCAACAAGACCAGCGUCGAUUGCCCGACAACGAAAGAAACAACAACAACUCGGUGGCUUUGGUAAAAUCGGAGCUUACAUCGUCCGAUAAGAGUCGUGCAAACAAGACAUCAAUUAACAAAUCCAUGGAAAUACGAAACGACUCGGCGAAAUAUUUGGACAAGGACUUACAAUACUCCAGCAACAAAUUGAUGCGAUCGCAAAACAAUUUACUAAUGAUAGCUCCACUGAAUGGUGUGGCUAAAUUCAACAUGGAACAUCGAAUCAAAACGGAAAUUGUGGACGAGGAGAUUAAUUUGUGUGAUGUGGCAAUGACUAAGGAAAUUUCCGAUGCUGGUCGGAAGAUGUUUACACCGUCGAAUAUCAAAGAGAACAAUCCCAUUCAGUUUAAGGGUUGCAAUUCAUCAUUCGACACGUCCAACAUUAUGUUCAAGAACAAUUUAUUGUCGGUGCAUAUUGAGAGAAGUGGCGCUGAAAUUGAAAGGGCCCGAAAUUUUGCCAGCACAAUCCAAUUUCGCCCGAUGUUACAUCUGCAGGAUAAUUCAAGCAUGAAAAUUGAACGACAAUGCUCGAUUAAAGACGGGGAAAGUGGGCAAGCAUCAGGUAAACCGGGAAAGAAUAAACGAAAGACUAUGGGCGGAGCUAAGGCACUAAGCGAAAAGCGAAAGAAAAACUAAGAUUGAGCUAGGUGUUUGGUGCAAUAGUUUUCAUCUAAUAGUGACGUGACGUAAAAUAUGAUCUGUGUUUGUUUACUCGAAAUAUAUUUGUUCAAAGCUUCAGAGUCUUUAGUAUGUACCAAUCGGACGUUUCCUAAAUGUGUAUACAUUGCAGGAGCUAAUUUCGACGAUUUUCAGACCGUCAUGAGCUACGAUAAGGUGUGGGGUAAUCUGGCAAACGGUGCUAAAACGACGCAUUUCUCAACUACAUAAAA